AUGUCUGGCCGGAGGCUGCUGGAUGCCAUCCAGUUCCUCAAUGUCUCCAAGACAAUCGCGGCCAAGCACCUGGCCAUCCGCCAACGGCAGCUCGAUGUCUACACCCGGACCUCGUCCCUAACCAAGGGGAUCAAGGAACAGACCGAGGGGCUAAUCUUGACCGCACAAGCCGCUGCCGCGUUAGUGCGCCGAUUCAACGAAGACUCGCCACCUCCGCCGACAGCUCCCAGCUCGCCGACGACCGCGUCCCCCGAGGCAUCGGCCGACAAAUCCACUCAUACUCCUACCCCGAAGAAUGCAACCUUCUCCGCCUCAGAUAAUGCUCGGGUACCUUCACAAGACACUGCAUUCCAGGUCCCGGCAACCGCGGCGCAAUACACUGGCGAGGAGAAGCCGGAUCAGCUGAAUGUCAGUCCGCAACAGGAUGUUUUCUAUCGGCCGUCGCAGCAUACCGCGCCGGAUAGUUCCGCUGCCCGACCCCGAGUCAAACUGCCCAAAGCGGCUGGAGAUAUUCAAGCAGGGGGAGAGGAUGGCUUGAACGCCGAUGUUUUCAGCUCGGCGACGAGCUCAGAACAGCAAAAGACCAAUGGAGAUGAACAGGAGUUGUCGGAGGAGAUGAUGCAGGGUUUGUUUCAUAGCCCUAGGGUUUCUCGUAUGCUCUCGGGGAAGCCGGGCCCCCAAAAACAAUGGCCGCCGGCAGACCGAGACCAGGUUUUGCAAGAGGCGAUCAAGACGAGCAUGCCGCCGGAUUCCCGAGUCGAGGCCGCUAUCAAAUCAGAGACGCAAAAAUUAGAGAAUCUCACGGAGGUUGUCACAGAGGAGGUGAUCGCGACAGCGGCGGAGGUCAUGCCUGAGGAGAAGAGCGUACCUUAUCAAAUGAUGGAAUCGCGGGUUCCAUCUUCUCGUCUAGGUAGGUUAUGGCAGUAUGGAGGACUGGCAACGUCCAUGGCCUUUGGUGCCGUAAGCGAAACGGUCCGCCGGGCCACCGGCAGCCAAGAGCAAGGCUCAAUCAUGUUCAGUGCAGGCAACAUGGAACGUUUGGUUGCCAAGCUGUCGAAGAUGCGAGGUGCCGCGCUCAAGCUGGGGCAAAUGCUCAGCAUUCAAGAUUCAAACAUGCUACCGGAACCCAUUCAGCAAGUGCUCCAGCGUGUUCAAGAUCGAGCCGACUAUAUGCCCGCAUCGCAGCGCAACAAAGUGCUUGUUGAUAACCUGGGUCCUAAUUGGCGGGAUCUUUUUACCUCUUUCGAUGAUAUACCCAUGGCCGCGGCCUCCAUCGGUCAAGUCCAUGCCGCAGUUCUCAAAAGCACCGGCAAACCUGUGGCCGUCAAAAUCCAAUACCCGGGCGUCGCCGACUCCAUCGACUCUGACCUGAACAAUCUCUCUAUUCUUCUUACAGCUUCCCGUCUCCUCCCUCGCGGUCUCUAUCUCGACAAAACUAUCGCGAACGCUCGCACCGAGCUGGCCUGGGAAUGCGACUACCUUCGUGAGGCCGAGUGCGGCACACGGUUCCGCGAACUCCUCCGCGACGACACUACCUUCGUUGUGCCCGAAGUCAUGCCCGAAGCCUCAGGCAAGCAAGUCCUAACAAUGGAAAUGCUUGAGGGCGUCGCCGUCACCAAGAUCCAGGAUUUUUCCCAGGAACAGCGCGACUGGAUCGGCACCCAGAUCAUGCGCCUCUGCCUGCGCGAGAUUGCCGAGUUCCGGUACAUGCAGACCGACCCGAACUGGACGAACUUCCUCUACAACGCGCAGACCAACCGCCUCGAGCUUCUCGACUUCGGUGCCACGCGCGAAUACCCGAUCGAGUUCAUCACCCAAUACGUGCGCACGCUCGUCGCCGCGUCCCGCAAUGACCGCGCUGCAUGCCACGAGCUCUCCAUCCAGCUCGGCUAUCUGACCGGUAUGGAGUCACAGACUAUGUCCGACGCCCACGUCUCGUCUAUGGUCACCCUCGCCGAGCCGUUUAUGCUCUCGUCCCCGGACCUGUACGACUUCCAGAAUCAGACGAUCACCGACCGCGUGCGCGCCUUGAUCCCGCUCAUGAUCCGGGAGCGUCUCUCGCCGCCCCCGGAAGAGACAUACUCUUUGCACCGCAAGCUAAGCGGGGCGUUCUUGCUUUGCGCGCGACUCGGCAGUCGAGUACCCUGCAAACAGCUGUUCGCGGAGACUAUACGGCGAGGGGAGGCAAAUGGGCUCGAUCUUGGCCCGCAGAAGUCCCAGAGUUGA